CACUGGCUCCUUCUCCCGGCUUCUUGGGAGAACUGUUUGAUUUGGAAAUCCAUGUUGGCUGUCCAGAAUAUGAAAUUUGGCAUCUUUCUUUUGUGGUGGGGAUGGGUUUUGGUCACUGAGAGCAGCAUAGCAUGCUGGCCAGGAAAAGGAGUUCACAAGCCAUCCCGGGAAGGCAGUAGACCUCAAAGACAGAGAAGAGAAGCACAGGACGAUGCCCACAAGCAAGGCAGCCCAUUUCUGAAACAAAGUUCUGAUAUCACCAAGUCACCUCUCACCAAGUCAGAGCAGCUACUGAGGAUCGACGACCACGAUUUCAGCAUGAGGCCUGGAUUUGGAGGCCCAGCCAUCCCUGUUGGUGUGGACGUGCAAGUGGAGAGUUUGGACAGCAUCUCAGAGGUUGACAUGGACUUUACCAUGACCCUCUACCUGAGGCACUACUGGAAGGACGAGAGACUGUCUUUUCCCAGCACUAACAACCUCAGCAUGACGUUUGACGGCCGACUGGUAAAGAAGAUCUGGGUCCCCGACAUGUUCUUUGUGCACUCCAAGCGCUCCUUCAUUCAUGACACCACCACAGACAACGUUAUGCUGAGGGUGCAGCCAGAUGGGAAAGUGCUAUACAGCCUCAGGGUUACAGUUACAGCAAUGUGCAACAUGGACUUCAGCCGGUUUCCCUUGGACACACAAACAUGUUCCCUGGAAAUUGAAAGCUAUGCCUACACAGAAGAUGACCUCAUGCUUUACUGGAUAAAGGGCAACGACUCCUUAAAGACAGAUGAGCGAAUAUCACUCUCCCAGUUCCUCAUUCAAGAGUUCCACACUACUACUAAACUAGCUUUCUAUAGCAGCACAGGCUGGUACAACCGUCUGUACAUUAAUUUUACUUUGCGACGCUACAUCUUCUUCUUCCUGCUCCAAACCUAUUUCCCUGCCACCCUGAUGGUCAUGCUGUCCUGGGUGUCCUUCUGGAUCGACCGCAGAGCUGUACCUGCCAGAGUCCCCUUAGGCAUCACGACAGUACUGACCAUGUCCACCAUCAUCACGGGUGUGAAUGCCUCCAUGCCCCGUGUGUCCUAUAUAAAAGCCGUAGACAUCUACCUCUGGGUCAGCUUUGUGUUCGUGUUCCUCUCAGUGCUGGAAUAUGCAGCCGUCAACUACCUGACCACUGUGCAGGAGCGGAAGGAACGGAAGGUUCGGAAAAAGCCCCCCUGCACCUGUGGGCUGCCCCAGCCCAGGACUGUGAUGCUGGAUGGCAGCUACAGCGAUGGGGAGGUGAAUGACCUAGGCAGCUAUGUGCCAGAGAAAGGAGAAAAGCCAGACAGGAUGAUGGUGAAGCUGACCCUGGCCUCGGAGAGGAGUUCUCCUCAGAGGAAAAGCCAAAGAAGCAGCUACAUGAGCAUGAGGAUCAAUACCCAUACCGUUGACGAAUACUCCAGGAUCAUCUUUCCGGCUGCAUAUAUCUUAUUCAAUUUGAUAUACUGGUCUAUUUUCUCGUAGAUGCCUGUGAUUCUGUAAGUCCCAGGUUCUUCAUGAUGCCCUACAGAAAUGCCUGUAAAAUGAAAAAGAAUUUAUGGAUUAAAAACCACCCCAGUAUCUACCUAGGGUUUCACUCACAAUUCUCCAGCUGUCCAAAGCUGCACUGACAAGACACUUUGGGGCCCACUUAUUAGGCACCAACUGUAUAUACAUCAUUGUAUUAGGUAUUGCAGGAAUUUGUCCCAAUAGCAACUGAUAUUAGUUGUUCCCCAGACCCGAGGAAAAGCACAGGGACCGGGUGGUGGGCUCACUGUGGUUCAGAUCUUGGAUACUAUUUACAUGGGGGAUUUCCAAGGAGAUUUCCUAUUAGACUAGGUAGAAGCAGGGACCGCCUAAAUAAAGCUCAUCUGCAUGAAACCUACACACACCUGAUUCCCUCUGACAAAAGCUCCUGUUGUUGUCCCUGCUACCUGUUUUAUGCAUAUCCUCACAUUUGGUGAAAGGCAAUAAUAAUGUUAGUUCUCUUUCCAAGCUCUAGAGUACAAGGUUUCACCUUAUAACAAAUACUCUUUAGAUUGGUGAAAUUUCUUCUGAUUUUUCUAGAGAUUUCUGUGGUAGUAAAACUUUGAAGAAUGUUAAUGUGCAUUUUGUCUAUUUUGCCGAGGGAUUACUAAGCUAGAAAAUUUAUGUUUCAUAUUUCCUGUUCUCUAUCCUGAGCCAGGCCACUCUGGAGCAGGCUCUACUUCAGAAUGAAGUCUUCUCUCAGUAAUGUUGUAUUAUCACUGAGGAAUUU